AAUACUCCCCCGUCCCUAAUUUAGCUUCCUCUCAGGGGGAGAACGCAAAACAUUAGUGUAAAAGAAGAAUAAUGGGGAGAAGAUUUGGCAUGAUGAAGAAGAAAAUAUACAAAUGGGGGGUUUAUGCAUGCUCCUUCAAACACCAUUAUUCCACUUCUUCUUCUUCUGCAAGCGUCACUACCUUUUUCAACAAAUUCGUGGACAAGAGUAAUGUUUUCUCUUGGAACUCUGUAAUUGCAGAGCUUUCUAGGAGUGGGGAUUCCAUUGAGGCCCUUCGGGCUUUCUCUUCUAUGCGGAAGCUCUCCGUUUGGCCAAACCGUUCGUCUUUCCCCUGCGCCAUCAAAUCUUGUUCCGCCCUCCGCGAUCUUGCUUCCGGCAGGCAGUUCCACCAGCAAGUUUUGAUCUUUGGGUAUGGGUCUGACCUUUUUGCUUCGUCGUCGCUGAUUGAUAUGUACUCCAAGUGCGGUGAGCUUGAGGAUGCACGAUUGCUGUUCGAUGAAAUUCCCCAAAGAAAUGUGGUUUGUUGGACGUCUAUGAUCGCUGGGUACGUGCAAAGAGAACAUCCCCGUGACGCUCUCUUUCUGUUCAAAGAACUGUUGGUUUCGGAGAGUGAGAGCGUGGGAGAGGAGGAAGUGUAUGUUGAUGCAGUGGCAUUGGUUUCUGUUCUAUCUGCUUGUUCUCGGGUUUCGGGGAAAAACAUAACUCAGGGGGUCCAUGGGUUUGCGAUCAAGAGGGGGCUUGAUGAGCAUCUGGGUGUAGGGAACACAUUGAUUGAUGCUUAUGCAAAGUGCAGUGAGGUGGGGUUCUCUAGGAAGGUGUUUGAGGAGAUGGCCGAGAAGGAUGUCAUCUCUUGGAACUCAAUGAUUGCAGUUUAUGCACAAAAUGGGCUCUCCUCGGAAGCCAUGGAACUGUUUCAUUUGCUGGCUAGAGAUAAAGAAGUUAAAUACAAUGCCAUCACAUUAUCCACCCUGCUGUUGGCAUGCUCACAUGCUGGAGCUCUUCGUCCUGGGAAGUCCGUACAUGAUCAGGUCAUAAAAUUGUUCCUAGAAGACAAUGUGUAUGUUGGAACCUCAAUCAUUGACAUGUACUGUAAAUGUGGGAGAUUGGAGAUGGCUAGGAAGGCAUUCGAUCGUAUGAAAGAUAAGAAUGUGAAGUCUUGGUCUGCCAUGAUUGCUGGUUAUGGGAUGCAUGGCCGAGCUAAGGAAGCUCUUGAAGUCUUCUAUGCGAUGAAUCAUGCCGGGGUGACUCCAAAUUACAUCACAUUUGUUUCAGUCUUAGCUGCUUGUGCCCAUGCGGGUUUGCUUGAUGAAGGAUGGCAUUGGUUUAGAGCCAUGGAAUGCAGAUUCCAUAUACACCCCGGGUUAGAGCAUUAUAGUUGCAUGGUUGAUCUACUUGGGCGUGCCGGUUAUCUCACCAAAGCAUAUAAUCUUAUCAAUGAAAUGAAGGUGUUGCCCGAUUCUGUUGUUUGGGGCUCUCUUCUUGCUGCUUGCAGAAUGCACAAAAAUGUAGAACUUGCAGAACUUUGUGCUAAUAAGUUAUUUGAAAUAGACCCGACCAACUGUGGGUAUUACGUCUUGCUUUCGCAUAUAUAUGCUGAUGCUGGGAGAUGGAAAGAUAUGGAGAGGAUGAGAAUAAUCAUGAAAAACAAAGGGUUAACCAAAACUCCAGGGUUCAGUCUAGUUGAACUGAAAGGUCUGGUGCAUUUAUUUCUUGUUGGAGAUAGACAACAUCAUCAACAUGAGAGGAUUUAUGCAUAUUUGAACGAGUUAUCCAUUGAGUUGCAAGCGGUUGGCUACACACCGAACAUGAGUUCGGUUCUUCAUGAUGUUGAUGAAGAGGAUAAAGGAUUGGCAUUGCAAGUUCAUAGUGAAAAGCUGGCCGUUGCUUUUGGGAUUUUGAAUUCCAUCCCAGGCGAAACAAUCCACGUGAUUAAGAAUCUUAGAAUAUGUAGUGACUGUCAUACAACAAUUAAGCUGACAACCAAGAUCGUUGAUCGGCAAAUUGUUAUUAGAGACUCCAAGCGAUUCCACCAUUUCAAGGAUGGAAUUUGCUCAUGUGGGGACUACUGGUGAGGUGAUUAGAGUAUUUUUAUGUAGAUGCAGAGGACAAUUUGAGCAGUGUAGAAUCCCACAAGCAAUGUCUGGGAACGGAGUACACCACCGCAAUAUGAAUGCAAUGGUAAAUGAACCUGCCUCAACUGUGUUUUCCGGCUUCCAGCCUUAAAAUAUUUCCUGUUUUCCAUGCGAUUAUUCCAACUACACUGCAAAUCUGGUUGAGACUUGCAUUCCACGGUGGGUGUAGCUGUUGCUUUGCUGAAAUGAAGAUCUUAAGAAAAUUGCUUUGGCCACCAACAUUGAUUCUUAUGAUCAUCACUGCAGGAGGUUCUGAAUUGCAAAAGCAUUGGCAACAAUGUAACAUUAUGAUGGCAAUGAGCUGAAACAGGAUUCCGGGCCUAAUCCAUUUAUAUAUUUGGGUCGGUCUCAAUGUACCCAUCAAAUACGCUUGGGUAUGUGUUUCCUAGCAACCAGGAGUAACCAUUCUGUGCUGGUGGGCGUAGCUUAGUUGGUUG